AUGCGUUCCUACAUCGCUGCUCCUCUCAUCAUCGCUGCCAUCUCCGCUGUUCCUUGUCUCGCUCGUCCCGUGGCCACCACUGCUGUUUCCGCCGACGGUUCUGAGGCGAUCAACUGGAAAAGCGUCGAGAGCGGCUUCGAGAACUUUGGAAAAGGCCUGCUCAGCGGUCUCAGGAAGCGCGAGGAUGCGCCCGCAGCGGGAAGUGAAGGAGUCAACUGGAAGACUGUCGGCUCCGAUGUCGGAAAGGUCGGCGGUGUUCUGCUGCACUUCCUCAAGCGCGAGGACCCUGUCCUUGCUCGCGCAUUCGAGGACGAGCUCAUGGCUCGCGCGACACCCCCCACGGGUAGCGAAGCUGUGAACUGGAAUACUGUUGGCUCGGACGUCGGAAAAGUCGGCAGUGUCCUCCUCCACUUCCUCAAGCGCGAGGACCCUCUUCUUGCGCGCGAAUUUGAGCUCGAGCUCAUGGCCCGCAACGCCCCUGCUGACGGCAGCGAGGCAAUCAACUGGAAGAGCGUUGAGAGCGGUGUCGAGAACUUCGGCAAGGGCCUGCUUAGUGGCCUCCGGAAGCGCGAGGAUGUUCUCGAGGCACGUGCAGCACCCGCAGCUGGUAGCGAAGCAGUCAACUGGAAGACCGUUGGCAGCGACGUCAGCAAGGUUGGAGGCUUCCUCCUCCAUUUCCUCAAGCGCGAGGAUCCGCUCCUUGCACGCGAAUUCGAAGACGAACUCGUGGCCCGCGCGGCACCUCCUACGGGUAGCGAAGCCGUGAACUGGAAGACCGUUGGCAGUGACGUCAGCAAGGUUGGAGGCUUCCUCCUCCAUUUCCUCAAGCGCGAGGAUCCUCUCCUCGCGCGCGAAUUCGAGCUCGAGCUCAUGUCCCGCAACGCUCCUGCUGACGGCAGCGAGGCGAUCAACUGGAAGAGCGUCGAGAGCGGCUUCGAGAACUUUGGCAAGGGCUUGCUCAGUGGCCUCCGGAAGCGCGAGGAUGCGCCCGCAGCAGGUAGCGAGGCGGUCAACUGGAAGACUGUUGGCUCCGACGUCGGCAAAGUUGGCGGCGUUCUACUACACUUCCUCAAGCGCGAGGACCCUGUUCUAGCUCGUGCAUUCGAGGACGAACUGAUGGCCCGCGCGGCGCCCCCUACGGGUAGCGAAGCCGUGAACUGGAACACCGUUGGCUCGGAUGUUGGAAAGGUCGGCAGCGUUCUCCUCCACUUCCUCAAGCGCGAGGAUCCUCUCCUUGCGCGCGAAUUUGAGCUCGAGCUCAUGGCCCGCAAUGCGCCGGUCGACGGUUCCGAGGCGAUCAACUGGAAGAGCGUCGAGAGCGGUUUCGAGAACUUUGGCAAGGGUCUGCUCAGUGGCCUCCGGAAGCGAGAGGACGUUCUCGAAGCGCGUGCAGCACCGGCAGCGGGCAGCGAAGCAGUCAACUGGAAGACCGUUGGCAGCGACGUCAGCAAGGUUGGAGGUUUCCUCCUCCAUUUCCUCAAGCGCGAUGGGAUGGUUUUGGAUGAGCUCAACUAA